AUGAGCUUUCAAGAAGAAGAUGAAUGGCUUGGAUUGGGGUCUGGAUUCGUGCUGGACGAUGCAUUCAAAUGCACUAGUCCAAUUGGGGCGGACACUUCUCUACAGGUGCCUUUACGAGAGCCCACACCUGUCGCCGUUUCGCCUCAAGACCUGAUGGACUUUUCCUUUGCUGAUAAUUCACUUGCCGUUCCGAUACGGGAUUUCGGGUUCCAAAGUGGAAACGAACCGCCUCGACUGUCACCUGUUUCAUCAUCGUUUCAGUCCAUGGCUCCUUUACAAAAUAUGUCAUACGAGAUGACGAAUGCCACAGUGGUACAGGAAGAUACGUACAAUUCUUUUGAACAACCCUCAAUAGUUGUGAAUGGUCAUUAUCAGACUAUUGAACAGCAGGUUAUCCAACCUCAGCAAGGGUUUUUUCAGACUGUAUCUGAAACUCCAAUCCAACAAACGGUAUCCACUUCAAGUCAACAUACAUCAUCCGGUAACGGUAACACGGCUUCUGGCUCACUCGUGCAACAAAUUCUCAGUGCACCAUCAACACGUCAAACACCCACUCCUCAACAUACUCGCCAACGACCAAUUCAACCAAAAACUCACAACAACGGACGGAAGCGUGCUUCUGUCAAUUCUCAUUCUGGGAUAACGAACAAGUCGAACAAAGUAGAGUCUUCUACCACAAAUUCGAAUCAAACAGAAGUUCGAUUUAGUAUGACUGCACUGACACGGAUUACUGAAAUUGGUGCGGAGAUGGCACAGCUACAGGAACAACAAGAUAAGUUAGGCAUCAACAAUUCGCAAAGGCUGAGUGAACUGCAAGCACAGCGGGCCAGCAUCCUCUACGAAGCCUUAUGUUCACAGAAUGUCGGUGAGACUGUGUUGAGCCAAGUGAAGCAAGUUGCUGCGGCGGCAGCUCCGGCAUCCCAAACACGAUCAACAGCGCGGGUUCACAGCGGUCAUUCAUCUCGGCCUACACAUUUCGAAUCUGCGCCAGAGUCACCUCAGUACCAACCGCAGAUGUAUUUGGCCAGUCACAAUCAAUAUCCGAGUACAAGUACUGCGCAGUUUCAAGAAUUCUCCACUGGUUCUGCUAACCAAGGAUUAAUAGUCCAUCAACAAGAACCAGUCACAGUACGACAUCAACCUCAGCAACGGAUUUACAGAACGCAAAACAGUGCCACAACCGUUUACCACACAGCAUCUCAGUUACCAGCUGGAACUGUCUAUGUGCAAAAUGUUCAACAAGGCACGCAGGCUCAGUUUGCUUCAUCACAGCCUACUGUUGGAGAAGUUGUGCGACAACAGCAUCAGUUGCGGCACGUCUCUGGAGCACAACAGGUGAUCGUGCAACAAAUGCCUCCUCCACAAGUGGUGGUAGCUGCUGGUGCUCAAACAGUGGGUGGUGCUCAAAUUCGAACACAGAUUGUUCAACAUUCUCCCUUGCCUGCUCAAAUUGUUCUUGCACCUGCCGUUCCGCAGACACAUCAAGUGGUGGUAGUUGCACACCGGUCUUCUCCGGCACAGACAGCGAAGCGCUUGGAAGAGAAGCGUGCUAGUCGUCUGAGUAGGUUGAGGAACUAUUUUGACAGUCUCCAUGAAACGCUUUCUAACCCGGACACCGAAAGUCCGUUUUCUGACCUUCGCGAUGUCUUACAGCGGUUAUUGCCAUAUCACACCUAUGGAGAACCAAACUUUAGCGAGGAAUAUUUGGAGCAAUUCGAUUCCAAUUACUUGCGAACCACCAUUAACUUGAUGGAACAACGAAAACGCUUGGAAAAGCGAUUGCGGAAAGUCUUUUACGACGAUGCACUACACGGUACCGAGGUUGAAGAGCGGAAUUUGUUGCUAUAUCUCGACGGUGAAUACGAAAGGCGAAAAUUGGAAGAGGAAAGAGAGUUUGUCAAACAAGGCAACGUUGAAGCGUUUGUACAUGAUAGCCCUAUCGUGGCUGCUUUGCGUGACUCAAAUCGUGAACCAGUUGAAAAAUCUGGGCAAGUGACCUCUUCAUCGAAAUCGGCUUCGAGAUCGGUGAUUCAACAAUAUGAAUAUCAUCCGUUUGAAGAAAUUCCUAUUCCAUUGUCGCCAUAUAAAUCACCGUCUCCAUUUAAAUCACCUACCAGUAGCAUUAGUUCGUCGUCAAAGUUUGAUGAGCAAAAAGAGGAUAUUCUUCGUCCAUUACCACCUCCUCUGCCCAAUGUUGCUACCCGGAGAGUUACACCUUCGAGGACAGUGGCCGAUAAAGAUAGUUCAUCCCUCGUAUCCUCGUCACCCAGUCCUUCACAUGUAUCACAUGAGAAGACGGAAAAUCCCUCAUGUGUUUCCACACCUGGCCGUUUACCAGCGAAGAAAGAAUUGCUAUCAAGAGCAAGGCAAGGUGUCCCAGCAGAAAUGCGUUCGCCACCUGCGCAUUCAAGCUGCACUAAUAGUGCUUUGUUUGUUCGGAAUUCGGUAGAAGAUUACGAAUCAGAUGGAUCAGCAUCGCCAGAGCUUGGAGUGGAUGAUGUUGUUGUUCCACGUCCUCCUACACCUCCAGUAAAGUCUAAACCUCCGACUCCGCAAAUAAAUGUUCCUUCACCGGCAAAACCUGCGGUACCACCUUCGCAGAAGAUACCUCAGCGAACUACCAUUCCAGUACCUCCACUUCUUCCGCAGAGAAGAGAGAAGUUGAAUAAAAGCCCACAUCGGACAUCCCUUCACGUUGCAUUGCAAGAGGAUGUGAAGCCAUUGCUUAAGCGUGAAGAGGAUAAACCAGCAGAACGGUUUCGAUUCAAACCUCAGGUUCCACGACCCACUCCUGUAUCACCUUUCAAAUCCGUUACUCCUAAACAGGAGUGUCCCAUUGAACACAAUCUUGUGGGAAAAGGUGUAAAUUCUGGAGAAGUCAAAAGCCUGACAAACAAAAAGGAUCGGGUCUCUGUUUGUGAUAAACCUCCUCCAAUACGCUUGAAAUUGAAGCUGGAUGGCAAAGAGGAAGUGGUUGCUGUUACGUCGAAUGGGAUACGAAUGAAGUUGAAAUUUGGACUGGGUGCUAACAUCAUGAAUUCUAUUACUCGACGUGUAUCAACGAAAGAAUCUGAGGAACCCAAAUUGGUGCAUAAGGUCUUCGACUCACAACCUUCUACGUCUAGAGCAUCAUCACUUGUUUCGGUAAGACGUUUACGUUGA